AUGCGGAAAGACAGAAAUAAAACUCCAGACGACGGGAACGGAGCUCCGUCUAAGAGGGACCGGAGGGUCGCAUCCGAUUCCGAAACAGAAUCUAGGUCUGCUUCCGAUGAAGGGUCGAGAAGAAGUCAUAGAAGAAGUGAAAGCAAGCGGAAGAGAAAAUCACGGGAGGAUGAUGAAGAUAGCUAUACGUCGUCGUCUUCUGAGUCUGACGACUAUUCUGAUUCGUAUUCCGAGUCAGAUUCGGAGUCGGAACCGGGGAGCUCUGAGGAGGAGGAGGACAGAAGGCGGCGGAAAAGGAGAGAGAGGAAGAAGAAGGAGGAGGAGGAGGAGCGGCGACGGAGGAAGGAGAAGGAGAAAAGGAAGAGGAAAAGAAGAAAAGAGAAGGAAGAGAAAGAAGAGAGGAGAAGGAAGAAGAAGAAAGAUAAGAAGAAAAAGAAGGAUAAAGAUAAGGGUAAAACUGGAGCUGUCACAAAUUUAUGGGGCAAGUAUGGAAUCAUCAGAGAAACUGAUAUGUGGAAUAAGCGGCCAGAGUUUACUGCUUGGUUACUAGAAGUGAAAAAGGUGAACCUGGAAAGUCUUGCGAACUGGGAAGAGAAGCAGAUGUUUAAAGAAUUCAUGGAAGAUCACAAUACUGCGACAUUCCCUUCUAAAAAGUAUUAUGAUCUUGAUGCUUAUCACCGACAUAAGAUGGAAAAGGAAAUGAAGAGAGGUACCAAGAGUGUCAAGGUGAUCGAGCGUACUGUAUUUGAUGAUGAAGAACAGCGCAGGCAAGAGAUGCUGCAAGAACGUGAAAGACAGAAGCAAACAGAGGUGGAGUCGUUGAGGAACGCAAUGAGAACUGGAAUGGCCCAAGCGAUGAAAGAGCAAGCUCGACUCAAGGAAGAGAUGGCGUACCAAUACAAGAUUGGUAAUUUUGAGGCCGCCGCUGCUAUACAAAGACGGUUGGACCCGGAUGCUGCCCUUUAG